AAUAAGAAAACUUAAAAAUUCAAAUGACAAUGGACAAUAGUAAAACUGAUGAUGAGAUGAUAGACGCCAUGGCUAUUAUUCAAGAAGCCCUUAUUGAUCUCUACCUCAACGUCAAAGUCAGAUCUAAAGACGAGAUAAAAGAUUACGAUGAAAAAGAUUUAAGCAAAGAGAAGGAUAACUUGUAUGUCACAAGUCCUCUAGAUUUAAUCAGCUACAUUCAGACUUCGGUAGAAAUACUAAUGAAUAUAAAAGUAGAAGACUACCUCGUCCAUCAGAAUGAAGUUAGAAAACUCAAAUAAAAUGAACAAGAUAAUUCUCAAAAAACAAGCUGCCUUAGGAGAAAAGACAGUCAAACAUGAAGAUGAGAUUUCUAGGAGGCUUGAAGACUCCGAUCAAAGCCAGCACGAACAAGCUAAAGACUCCAAAGAAAUCUCAGAAAAAGGAGAGAGGAUAGAAACUGAUAAUCUGGAAGAAAGACCAAGAGAAACAGGAGGAACCGAAGUAAAGAAGGAUAUUAAAAAUUUUAAAACAAUUUCCUCACAGAAAGAUGAUUUGCUAGAAGAAGUUCUAGAUUCGUCUGAUUCUUUCAUCCCUUUCAGCAACAGAACUUCCCUUACUCACAUUCCUGCAAUAUACGAAGAAGUGAUUCAGAAGUAUGAAAAUGAUAUAAGAAACCAUAUUAGGAUCGAACAGCAGAUGAAGCUGCAUUCAGACAGUGUCAUUAAUAAGCUUGAAGAUAAAGAGAAAGCAUUCGAUAAAACUUGUAAUGAAAUAAAAACCUUAAAAGCUAAACUGAAAGAUAUGGAAACAAAAAUGAAAUGCGAAGCUAAAGUGUUAAAAGGAGAGAACAAUGCACUCAAGAAAUCUAUAGAGGAGAAAAUCGAAAAGAUUCUAUGCCUUGAAACUAGUUUGAAAGAAGUUUCUCUAAACUAUAAUAGACUUGAAAAAGAAUUUAAUACAAUUCGUAGCAAGAAAUAUCACUCUGGAGGGAUUACUCCUAAUAUUAAUGAGACUAAUUUUAAAGGGAAGAUACUAUCAAAGACCAAAUAUAAAGUGAAUAGUGCUAACCCAAAUAGUGGGCGCAAGAGUAAUUCAAAUUCAGUCCAAUUAUUUUACAGUAGAAAUAUCAAGGGCCCUGCUAAUGUAGGUCGUGAAGAGUUUAUUAUCCCUGCUACUUCAACAAGAUCUCCUGAUAAAAUGCAGCAAACCCAUAUUUCUAACAAAAGUGUAAUCUUCACAAAAGAUGGUAAAUCUCCAUAUAUCCAAGGCGAUCUUGAGAAAUUAAAACAAUACGUUGGAAUGCCAAAGUCCAACACAAGAAAGACUAUAAAAUCUGCUCUGAGAGGAAAGCAUUUGCAUACUGAUACCUCGGAGGAAAGAAAAAGAAUCAGAGAUUACAAUUCAGUGCAAAAUUCUAUAGUUUACAGAGGGACUAAAAAGCCAAUGGAUGGCCAUAAAGGAAAACUAAAGAAUUCCAAACCCAACAAGCACAAACACUUUAUGAGCUAUGAUGCUAAAAGUCAUAACUUAAAAUAUUAUGACUUUGGUGUUCAUAGUGCAGCUGAUAAUUCGAUGGACCGAAUCCAUAAGAAGAAAAAGAUGAGCUUAAGUACAAAAAUGAAAAGCAAGAGGAAUUCUUCGAUGGUAAAAAUGCUUAAAGCCCAUGGGUUCAUGAACAACACAGGCACACUGGGAGGAUAUGGAGGUGUUGACGUCAAUAAGUAG